AUGCCCGGACCCCCUGGUAAGGUUGGUGAGCAAAGUUUCGUGUCGCCGACUCUGAAAGCUUCGAAGUUCCCUCGCACAAUUCCUAAAUGGUUGACGGGGACCCUGCUAAGGAACGGUCCAGGCAAGUUUGAAGUUGGCGAUGAACCGUACAAACAUUGGUUUGAUGGACUGGCGCUCAUUCAUCGUUUCAGUUUUCACGAUGGCCAAGUUACCUACCAGAACAGAUUCCUAAGAAGCGAUGCCUACAACAAGGCCAUGAAAUAUAACCGUAUUAUUUUGAGCGAAUUUGGAACAUUAGGAAUCCCAGAUCCUUGUAAAACCAUAUUUGAACGCUUUGCCACACAUUUAGUUCCGCUGAAUAUCACGGACAAUGACUUGAUCAAUGUCUUCACUAUCGGCGAUGAGAUUUAUGUCAACACAGAAACUUGCUUUUUCCGCAGAAUAUCGAAUACCGAGACUCUUGAAUUUGACAAAAAAAGGAUCAACCAAUUCCGAACGCUAGGUGUGCUCACUGCGUCGGCGCACCCACAUGUUGACAGAGAUGGCACUACUUACAACAUGGCUUCGUCCUAUAUGACCGGGAGCUGUUAUAACAUUGUGAAAUAUGGCAAAGAGAGUUCGGAUGAUCCGUCGAAAAAUGCCGAAAUAAUUGGAACAAUUCGCGCCAAACACUGCCUUAAGCCUUCCUACUACCACAGCUUUGGCAUGACAGAGAACUACUUCAUAUUUUUGGAACAACCAUUAUAUAUCAACCUCAAGAAACUCGCGACUGCGCAGUUGAGAGGUUCUGCCAUCUGCACGUGUCUUGAAUUCGACAAUAACGCUAAGUCCUACUUCCAUCUAAUGGAAAAGAAAACCGGCAAGAAACUAUCAAUUGAGUACGAGGCUGAUGGGUUCUUUGGCAUGCACGUCAUAAAUGCGUACGAGGAUGAAGGACACGUCGUGUUUGAUAUGUGCUGUUACCAUGACGAUGAAUUGAUCACUAAGUUUUACCUAGACUAUCUGCGCAAUGGAGACCACGAAGGAAAGCGCCACUUCAGCCCGUCAUCAAGUAUGCGUUUCGUCAUGCCGUUGCACGUAAAUCUUUCGACGACCCCAAGAGGGCGCAAUCUGGUAACAUUAAAGAAUUGCAAAGCAGUUGCGGUACUGCAGAAAAACGGCACGGUACACAUUACACCAGAGAAGAUAUCCGAAGCCAUUACUGAUAUGCCGAGAAUAAACUACGACAAAUGUAAUCAACGACCGUAUACAUAUUAUUAUGGUGUAGCUGCCUGUAAGCCCGGGGAUUUCACGAACGGGCUCGUGAAGGUUAACGUGCGACAGAAAUCAUUUGAGCUUUGGUCUGACGAUGACUGCUAUCCAUCCGAACCUGUAUUUAUCGAGUCUCCGGGCGCUGUAAUGGAAGACGACGGCGUAAUCGUUUCAACAGUCAUCAACACACGGAAGAGGUCGGCAUUUCUAUUGGUGUUGGAUGCCAGCACAUUUACAGAGCUAGGUCGAGCCAAUAUUCCUGAUGAAGUAGAGUGUCCUGUUGGAUUCCAUGCAAUGUACCUGUCUAAACAACAAACACAGCUCGCUAAUCAAUCGCACAAACAGAAUGGACUGCCAUCAGUGUAG